AUGAAUAGAAGAGUUAUCAAAUCACAAAGUAUUGAAAGAUAAACACUCACUAAUAUGAAUGUGUCUAAUGGCAAGGCUUAAGUUAUCAAUAAGGCCAAGGUAAUUUAGCCUACCUCAACCUCAAAAUCUUUAUCUACUACUGAAUUCAAUUGGGCUCCUACUACUGUUAAGGGUAAUCCUUUAGGACUUAAGCCUCCUUAGUAGAGAAAUUUGCACGUAUUAAAAGUCAAUUCUGUCUCAGGAGGAAACAGCAGAGAAUUAAGUAGUAGCUCCUAAAAGUCAAACGGCUUAAAUAUAUCACCUGUAAAGACAAUUAAUAACAAAGCUCCUAUUUAAGUAAAAGGUAAUGCUCAAGUCUAAAAAAUAUCUGAUGGAAAUGAUGGUCUCACUAAGAACAGAGCUAGCAGUGCCAAUAAAAUUGAUCCAAUUUAAUUGAAGUAAAAAUCGUUGAGCGAAAUCAAUAAAAUAGAAGGCUUCAUUGAGGAUUAGAAGGCUAAAAUAGAAUUUUCUUAGAAUCAAAAAAAUGUAAAGCUUAUUAAACCUUAAUAGGUUAACCAACCAAAAGUUUAUUCUGAUACUAAUUUGUGUGGAUCUGGAUAAAAUAGCAUCCUUGGAAACAGCACAAUGGAGUCACAGGAUCAGGAAAAUUCAAUCAAAUCUCUUAAUGACCUUAAUGAAAUCGAUGAAGUAUAUGAAGGCAUUGAGACUCCUAUGAAUCCUAGAUAGGUUGGAGGUCUUCGCUAAAAACCAGUUGAUGGUUUCGGUGAACAAGAAGAAUUACUUAAGAUGAUUAAUGCUAUGGAAGAGGUUAGAAAUUAAAAUAAAACUUUAGAAGAAAUACAAGAAUUAGAAUAAAAAAAGGAAUAAUUGCGUUUACUUAGAGAAAAGUAGCUCAGAGAACUAUAAGGAGAAGUUCAAGAAAAGACUUUUUCAAUCACCUUCUUACGUAAUGAAAUGAACUUCCGUAACAUUCUACGUGAUAAGUUUGCUAACAAUAAAUACACUAAUAUUGACAUUAUCUUUGAAGAUGAUGAAGUCUAGCUCACUGAUUGCGUACUCUUUGAAUCUUAAAAUGAUUCUUUGAAACAACUCAAGCUGAGCUUCUCAAAUGCUAAUAAUUUCAAUGAGGAAACACUAGGUGCUGUCAAAUACAUUAAGCUUAGAAAUUUACAAAAUUUAAUAUUGAACUUUGCAAGAAGUAGAAAUACUAAAUAAAUGAUUAACUACUCUUUGUUCAACCUUGCUUACAUUCCCAGAGUAGAAAUAAACUUCUCUCCUAACGAUUAGCUCAUAUACUAUAAGCAAGAGCAAUACAUCCCUAUCGAUUAUUCAAACUUUUAAAUCUCAGUUCGUGAUUUGCAAAAAUUAAAUCGUCACCUGAUUGAGUUCUAAACAACACAUUUAUCAUUCAAAUUAAAUGAAAAUACUUAUCUAUCUACUGCCACCGAAGAUGCAAGUUUAAUACGCAAUCCAAAUAAGCGCCGUACUGUCCAUCGUAGAUAGAGCUAGCUGUACACCAUGCCUCAUCAAAUAAAAGCCGUUACCCCAAUUCACUAAAUUCCUACUCUUCAGAAUGAACAAAUAUUAAAAGAAAUAGGCCAUAUUUUUGCAAAAUUAAAGAACAUCAAAAUUAGCUUUAAAAAUUGCAAUUUAGCUGAAGUAAACGUUCACAGUUUUGUUACCGGUUUGCUUGAAACAAAUUCUAAUGAGGGAGAAUAACUAGUAGGUGUGUUUGGUAACAAUUUCCUUGAAACCUUAGAAAUAAAUUUGGAAGGCAAUCAUGCAAUUUAGGAAGGAUUUUUCUAAAUGUUCAAAGCACAAAAUUUCAAGAAGCUCAACAGCUUAACAUUAAUUUUUGACAAGAGUAAUCAAAUACUUAGAUAAUAUGAACAGUAUAAUGCUUUCCACUUCAUUUCUUACUUGAAACAUGUCAAUCAUGUGAAAUUUAUCACAAACUUUGACCAAGUCAUUUAUGAACAUAAUCUUUCUUAUAGCAAGGUUUAUUUGUCUAUUUCUUAUUUAGACAUAUCUCCUUUCUAGCUUGUAGAUAUUCAAAAAGCAAUAAACUUCUUCAAGAACACAAUCGAUUUAACUCUUGAUAUGUCAAACAACUACAAACUACCUUAUAAAAUCAUUAAAAGCUUUUUCAAUGAGCUUUAGUGCUUAAAAAAUAGCGUUAAAAGGUUGCAUUUCAAUCUCUAAAACUCAAAUAUUUCUGAAGUUGAGUUUAUUUGCCUCUACCUUUCUGUUUCCCACAUUCCUCAUUUGACAGUCAAAUACGAUUUUGAACUCUCCAAUUUACUUAGAAUAACUGAUUCAUAUUCUAGACUCUUCCUUCACCAUUUAGGUGAAAACAUUCUUGACAAAGAAAUGUACAGAAUUAAAUUUACUUACUUGCUUAACUUGCUUAAACAAAACCCCUAUUCUUUCACACACGCAGCUAUAAAUUUCUAUUACAACUAUGGUCUUACACCUGAACUCUUUGAAGAACAAUUUAAGCCUUUCUUAAUUUAACACAAUGAGCUUGUUUCUCUUAAUCUUGAUUUUAAUUACUGCUGCUUCUAACCUGAUUAGGUUUUAUAACUCAUAGAAACUGUUCUUAGUAGUCUAUAAGUAAACUAACAAGAGUAAAAACCUUUUACUUUAAUAAAAUUAAGCUUCUUAAAUAACCAUUAAGUGUCCCUUGAAAACUUAAUGGCUGUUUUCAAAAAAUUCUUAAGAGUUAUACCUUAAUUACAAGGUUUAUAAAUAAUUACUGACUAAUACUUUAUUGAAAAGCUUAACCAAAAACCAAUUGUUGUUUAAAACUUAACUAUAAAUGCAGCUAACCUCAAAAUUAACAAGCUUUAAGACAUUUAGCUCGUGGCUAAGAAACUCUAUGUAGCCAAAAGAAUAAUGCCUGAAAAAGAUGAAAUGGACUAAGAAGAAAAUAUAGAUGGUGAAGAGAUGACAUAAAGCAUGCUUAUGCCAAAGCUAUUUGACCUAAAUGUACCUCCUCGUGUGAAAAAAGUACUUCAAUCUACAGUUAAACCAAUAGGAAUUAUUACAUACGAACAUGAAAAUCCAGCAAUAUCUCAAGUUUCCCUUCAAAAAAAUAUCAAAGAAUUAGCUAAAAACCACCCAUAUGAACAAGUUUUAGUUCUGUGUGAAACAUAUGCUAACGAAUUAGAAGAAUUACAUUCUUCAACAAAAAAACUUAAAAAAUGA